AUGAAGACAAUGGGUGCUGCGCGCGAGAAACGUCGAGCCGAGCGCAUCGUCGAGGGCGGGACGCCAGCUUGGCACUACAUCUGGGCCCGGCUGAAAGCGAGCGGAUGGACACACAAGAAGCCCCCAGCAAGCUCUAUCGAGACGAGGUGGAAGUUUAUUCCGCCUGGAGGAAAAGAAAGCGGAGUCGAGGGCAAGGACUACUUUUUGGCUGCCCAAGCGCUGAGCUCUGCGUGGGCUGCGAAAGGUGACAUCGAAUCCGGAAAUGGCACAUCCAGUGAUGACUCUGAGGAGGAUGAGCUCGAUGAUUCGGAGGAUGAUAUCAAUAAGAUCGAAGAAGGACAUAACCCUGACGACUUCGCUGGUUUUGAAUUUAGCAAUGAGACUGUGGAGGACGGCAUCGCGGACGAAGACGACUCAGACGAAGAAGGUGAAGGCGCUGUUGCUGCGAUUGGGCGUGGCAGUGAUGAUGAAGAGCGUGAUAGUCAAGAGGAGGGCCCCAACUCAGCUGAAUCCAUUGCGGAACGCCACUUUGCCGAGAACGUUUUGGAGUCACUCGGUGGUUCAGACAAGCUUUUGGCUGGCACUGGUAUGAGCAAACAAGGCUUGGCGAAGCUACGAGAGCAUAGCACCACUGGAUGGACGGUUCCGGAUAUGCCUGAUGUUCACGAGUUCCUGCAAGCACCGUUUCAAGUCGUGGGGGAGGAGAAUAGCUAUCCUGAGUUGAGGAAGAAGCCAUUUGGCCCUACACCAGCAAUGAUGUGUGGAGAUUCGCCCCUUGCUCUUUCCUUCUACUUCUUGCCAGUGGCACUUUGGCAGCACAUUGCAGCGUGUAGUAGCAACUACAAGCACGAGCAGCUCGAGGCACGCGUGGAAGCAUAUAUUGAGCGCCGGAAGCACAUGCAGCGACGUUGA